AUGAACACCGCUCUUCGCACGGUCAAGAUGACACCCAAGGGCCGCGAGCCCAUCUCCCUAGACACGAUCAACAUCCGCGGCUCCACGAUCCGGUACUACAUCCUCCCCGACAGCUUGCCUCUGGAUACCCUGCUCGUGGACGACCAGCCGAAACCGAAGAACAAGGCGCGCAAGGAGACGGAUCGGGGCCGCGGCCGCGGUGGUGGUGGUGGACGCGGUGGUAGAGGCCGGGGACGGGGCCGGGGACGUGGUCGCGGUUUCUAG